GUCAGUCGAACAGCGUGGACCCUUUGCUGUGAAUAGGAAUCAACCCACCCACAUGCGUGUGCAACUGCGCGCCCACGUGGCGUCUUUUGCACGUGCACAAUGCAAGCAAAAGAGCACCCUUUGAAGUUCAGUUGGAUGUAGGGUCACAGUGAGCUCCCGCCAUCGCUCCUUAUCCUUGUCAUCCCUUGAUCUCCCUCAGCCCAGCUCAGCAACCUUGUACCCAGGUGAGUAGGUGGCAGCGCAUUAUGUAAUGAAAAGAACGAGACUUGCGGUUCUUCAUUGGUAAAUGUAAAAAAUUCACAGGAGGAGCGUGAAGCUUUUGACCUCUGCUUUGUUUUGUUCCUGUUCUUGUGUGUUGGAUAUUUUGAUGCCACCUUUUUGUUGUGCUAACUGACACUUACUACUUCCCUAUGUGCAGGCUAGUAUAUGUCCCUCAUGCAAAGUGGUGGCAAUGAUGUGAUUUUAAAAAAUGAGCAAAUAUUAGUGUAAAUGUGCUCUAAAAAUUAUUUAAACCCUCUGGAAAUUCUGCUGCUCCUGGUUUAUUUCAUUCACGAACUAAUGUUUGAUUUCCAACAUAAAUUCACUGCCUGACAGUUGAUGCUGUCAACGUUCUUGAGGAAGAAACCAAAAUAGUAAGCAAUGGCAACAUCAUGAAUCAUCAGUCAUGAAGUAAUGAUACAGCAAAAUCUGCAAAAUCUGCAAUGUCAAAGGUAAAUUUGUUUGCCCUCAGUGUUUAUUAUAGUUAAUAAUUUGUAAUUAACUGUCAGUGAGGUUUACAAACAACCGGCAAAUAGUCCAGCACAGUACAUAACCCUGGCUGUGGAUGAUGGUAGGUAUGGAAAAAAAAAGAGAUUGUUACCUUCAGACAGAACCAGUCCGGCUGUUUGCCCCCUUCUGGUCUUCGUGCUAAAUUCAGCUAUCUCUCUAAUGCCCGUAGCUUCAUAUUUACUGUACAGGCAUGAGAGUGGUAUUAAUCUUCUCAUCUAACUCUCAGCAAGAGAAUGUAAGCAAGCGAGUGUACUUCCCAAAUUGUCAAUGGUUAAGAAAUCAUUUACAAGUUAUUUAUAGAUCAGUUAUUAACCAUUGAUUAAAAAAAAUGGGGAAAAAGAGGAUCUGGACCCAAAAAUGACAUAACAGCUUAUUAAUGGAUGACCACAUUUAUCCUUUAAUGACAUCAUUACCAAACAGAAAAGUUUGACACAGGACAGAGGUUGGCUUAUGGCUGAUCUAUAAAAUAGGUAAAAGAUGUAUUUAUUACACAUUACUAUCCUUUACAAGAUAAAUCCUUUAUAAAGACUACCACAUUAAAAGUGGUGCCUCAGUUCACUUUUACUGACAUCCACUUUAAGAGAGCAACAGUUAUUUGCUAUGUGCCAUGAAACCACAGUUUCAAAGAAGACAAGGAAGAAGAUGAGGGAUUUACAGUCAUGAGUAAUCAGAUACUGGUUCAUCAAACCAGUAUCUAGUAAUUCUUGAGUUACGAUGUAAAGUGUUAUGCUGAGGCUACGUUAGUUGUUCCUGGUAAACUCGGGGACUUUUUGAAUUAAAGUCGAUGAAUAAAAAUGUAGGUGAAAGGUGAAGCACAGUGAUGGAUGAAGAAAUACCUCCCAGAUUCAUCGGUAUCAGCGGUGACACGACGGAUGAUGCGUUCAAUGCUUUUACAAAUUCGUGGAAUUUGUUCACACCCUGAUUUGAUCUAAACUACUUCAUGGACGGACAGAGCGAGAGACACAGACACAGAAAGAGAGAGUGAGGGAGGGAGGGAGGGAGAGGGAGAGAGAUCUUAUCCUCGGGUGUCUGUUUCGCAACCAGUCUGGAGUUUUCCGCGCCGCCGUGGUGCAUAUCUUCAAGGUGACGGGUUCCCUGCGACGAGUCAGGACGAGCCUUGCAGACUCUGUGAUGAAAUUAAAAAUGCGUAAAAAAGACACCUUACUUUGACAGCUAAGCAACACGUGCUGCGGGGAGCAUAUUAAAUACCCUGGCAAUUGGCGGACUGCGCCUCCAGUCUCUCUGCAGCUCUGCUCAUGAGUAGUUCAAGGGCUCUCCCAAGUUUGUGAUACCAACAUACAUCCAUUUCUUCUUUUUUUUUUUCUUAACUCCGAGCCAAUCGUCAUGUUGGAUAAAUUUGGGCAACAGAGCGCCGGUGUGCCCGUCUCCAGCCCGGACCUCCAGCUUAAACUGACGGACAACAAGAGCGGCCUGACCACAGCGACAGGGAUGGGGAUGGAGAACGGCACUGGGAAGAAACUGAUAGAGAUAACAGGACCGGCUUUAUCCAAAAGAAAACUUCUGGUCGGCUUAGACCUCCUGUGCCUCUUCCUUGCCUCCAUCCCUUUCUUUGCGUGUGAGCUGAAGGCAGUGAGUCCUUACAGGAGAGGCUUUAUUUGCGGGGACCCCAGCAUCACCUAUCCUUAUCUACACCGAGAGGCCAUCCCAGAUGAACUACUCAUCGCUGGUGGCAUCAUCAUCACCGGCCUCACAAUUGCGCUCGGGGAGUGUUACCGGGUACGCUUCCGAGGCGUCAGCUCCAAGGCCUUCGUGAGGAACCUGUAUGUGUCCUGUCUGUACAAGGAGCUGGGCUGCUUCCUGUUCGGCUGCUGUGUAGGCCAGUCACUGACAAACAUGGCCAAGCUGAGCGUGGGUCGCCUGCGACCACACUUCCUGUCUGUGUGUGGUGUCACUUAUGCGUCGCUCAACUGCACACCUGGAAGCUACGUUGCAACAGUGAACUGCCGCCAGCCUGACCACCGGUUAGAGGAGGAGGCCAGGAAGUCCUUCUUCUCUGGCCAUGCUUCCUUUGCCAUGUACACAAUGCUCUACUUAGCAUUUUACCUGCAGGCGCGGUUGACAUGGCGUGGGGCUCGGCUGCUGAGGCCGGCACUGCAGUUCUUCCUUGUUCUGCUGGCAAUCUACACAGGUCUGACCCGCAUCUCAGACUACCGGCAUCACCCGUCUGAUGUACUAACAGGCUACAUACAGGGAGCCCUCACUGCUUACUGGGUGGCCUUCCACAUCUCAUCCAUGUUUAAAAGCUCCAGUUCAGAUCUGUCACCUACUGAGACCCUGGACACCCCCUUGUCACCCCACCAUACUGUCUGCUAAACCUCACCUCCACCAUCCCCCUGCCUGUACCAACAUCCACCUGCUCCCUGUAGUCUUGCUUGGAUAGACAAGAGAUUUGAAGAAUGUGAGACCAUUUCCUGUGAAGUCAAACCACAUACCUCAGUAUUCAGACAGAGUGUAGGGCAGAGAGCAAAAGAGUAAGAGUUUGUGAGAUCUUGUAUGUGGCUGAAAAGAAAAGACAUAUGAACUGAGAGAGAGGAAGAGGGAGGGUGCUGAAAAGAACACCGGUCGCUCGGCUGGUGUAUUGUGUAAGCAACCUGAGCGCUUGACCUUUUGUCUUUGUGACUGAACUUAACUUCACAUGUGAUACUUACCUGUGAGAUGAGACUGAACACACAGCAACCACUACCACUCUAUACAUCACCUGUAAAUAUAUACAGCUUUUGUACAAUUCGAAUGAUACUGAAAAAGCACUUUUUGAUUUCCAUGUUAGUAUUAUUAAUGACCACUUUGUAAUGAUUUGGUAUGUAGAAUGUAAUAUAUUUUAUACGAACAUGUAACAUAUAUAAUAGCUGUUUUUUAAAAAUAUAUUUUUGUUGUUUUUACGUAAACCCAGUGAAUGUAAUGGUGUUGAAGAAAGCACAAAUGGCAAGAGAGCAACUCAUUUUCCUAACGUGUUCUACCAUUUAGAUGUGGUAGGAUGUGUCCGUCCAUGUGUGUGCAGCAUUGUCAUACAUGUAGUUUACCCAUGAGAGAAUGACUAUAGAAUGUAAUACAUAAUGGAAGAGUAGAUAUGCUACUAGUUAUCAAUCAUAUUUAUAAUAAUAUGUAUGUCGCUAGGUUACUUACGAGUCCAAGAGCACACAGAUCAUUAAAGAAAAAGGUGAUUUAAAAAAAUAAUGUAUCUUUAAGUUAAGUUUGUGACUUUUUUUCUACAAUACUAACACUGCAUACUCGUUUUGAGAAUAAACAUUUUCUAUAAUAAUUUUAUAAUAUAAAAUUAGGGAUUUUUAAAAAAAAAAAUCAGAAAGUCACUAACUAUAUAUGAUUGCCAUUUGAUGAACAAAAAAAGUCCACACAAUUGCAUCUCUGAUUAUUUAUUAACCAUAACUUCAAUAAUUCCUCAUAUAUUUAGACCUUUACUGUCUCAUGUUA